UCCAAUUUACCCUUACUCGAAUUGGGCGUUAGAUUAUAGGCAGCCUCCGCCGGUUAUCGUAAAACCGGGGCUGUCGAUUCUUCACUCUGGAUCAUUAAAACGCUAUUGGAUUGCAAGUGUGAGAGACGCUCUAAUGGACCGUCGACACCUAGCUAACUGCUCUUCCACUAACCACUCUCUCUUCUUCCUCGUCGUCGUCGUCGUCCUCCUCCUCCUCCAUAGCUGCUUACUCCUUCCGAAUCCAUUAGUAGCAGUAGCAGAAGAUUCAUCAUCAGCAAUCAUAUCAAGAUUCCAACAAUACCUCCAAAUCGACACUGCCCAACCCAACCCCGGAUACCACGAAGCAGCCGAUUUCCUUAUUUCUCAGGCUAAAUCCAUCGGCCUCGAAUUCCAAUCCAUUGAGUUCGUCGAUGGCAAGCCACUUGUUCUCCUCAAGUGGGCUGGCUCUCAACCUACCCUCCCCUCUAUCCUCCUUUAUUCUCAUACCGAUGUCGUCCCCGUCGAGCAGCACAAGUGGGCAUACCCUGCCUUUGGUGCCCACCUGGAUUCCCAUGGUAACAUCUAUGCUAGAGGUUCCCAGGACAUGAAGUGCGUUGGUAUGCAGUAUUUGGAAGCUGUUCGCCGCUUGAAGUCUUCUGGGUUCCAGCCGAUUCGAUCCAUUUACCUAGCUUUUGCCCCCGAUGAAGAAAUAGGCGGCCAUGAUGGUGCUGAGAAGUUUGCUGAUUCUGAUAUCUUCAGGACCAUGAACGUGGGAAUAGUGCUUGAUGAAGGAUUAGCAUCGCCGUCUGAGAAGUACAGGCCGUUCUUUGCAGAGAGGAGCCCAUGGUGGCUGGUGAUCAAGGCCUUUGGGGCUCCAGGCCAUGGAGCGAAGCUUUAUGACAAUAGUGCAAUGGAAAAUCUUUUGAAAAGCAUUGAGAGUGUGAGGAGAUUUCGGGCUUCUCAGUUUGAUUUGGUGAAGUCUGGUUUGAAGGAGGAGGGUGAGGUUAUUUCUGUUAACAUGGUCUUUCUUAAGGCUGGCACUCCAUCUCCAACUGGAUUUGUCAUGAAUUUGCAGCCAUCUGAAGCAGAAGCAGGUUUUGAUAUUCGGGUUCCACCAACUGCUGAUCCUGAAUCAUUGGAAAGGCGAAUUGCUGAAGAAUGGGCACCUGUUUCACGCAACAUGACGUACCAGCUUGGGCAGUUUAAGCAGAAAGCUACCGUUUAUGACAGCUUUGGGAGGCCACUCCUUACAAAGACUGACAAUUCUAACCCAUGGUGGGCCUUGCUUGAAGAAGCUGUCAAAAAAGCAAAUGGAAAACUUGGUAAACCAGAGAUCUUUCCUGCUGCCACAGAUUCUCGUUACUUCCGCUUAAAAGGGCUACCAUCAAUCGGUUUCUCCCCCAUGGCAAACACACCUAUUCUUCUGCAUGAUCAUAAUGAGUUCCUGAACCGAGCCCAGUACCUGAAAGGCAUUGAUAUCUACGAGUCGAUAAUUAAAGUUUAUACAUCUUAUGUCGUCCAGGCCAGCAAUGAAGGCACCAAAGAUGAAUUGUAAGGUAGCUCUGAUCAUUACACAUCUUCAAGGCCACACGUUAUGCAAGUUUCUGUUCUUGUAAAAUAAUGAUUUAGAUUAGAUGCAUGGAUUGGUGAUGUAUCAAUAAUUAGGCAAAACUGGAUAAGAGCAGAACUUAAUUCAUCUUCAUGUCAUUGCCCUUCAAAUUUUCAAAAUAUUAUUUCUUAACUCUUAUUAAUUCAUUCCAAAACAAUUAUGCA